AAAAUAUACAGCGCAUAACAACAUACUGAACUUUCAGCCCAAUCGGUCGUGCCAUGAUCAUGAUCAAAAACCUGUACUGCACGCUACAAAUGCUUAUCAUAAGAAAACACCGAACGAGUAGGAAGAAACAAGAUUCGGGACGAAUCUUUCCGUGGGAAGGACGAGUUAACAAACCAUCUAUCCCCUCGACCCGAGAAGUCACGCCACGCGGCCCAUCAAUCCACAGAACCACGAGUUAUCGAAAGGUUUACGUUCCCACCAGCGAAGAGACAUUGCAUCAGCACAUAAUCCACCUCGGAGGGACACACGCGCCAGGGACACACGAGCGUCAACCCGAUCGCACAGGUCUACGACGAACAAACAUCCGGCCAAGUGCAACAUCAUCAAUUCACGCACUUGGCUACCACUUCAUCGAUCCAGACCAGGUUAAUUGCAUGAUCAUCAUUCUCGCACCUGAGAACCCAACUCAACGAGCCCGAGGCCCGAAGGCACCCAGAAACAGCAAGCGAAGCAUUCCACCCAACCAGCGGACGUGUUGGCAGACUAGUAUGUAAAAGUGUUAGUGUAGGUUAGAAUCA